CCUCCCCUCCCCCCCGCCACUCCUGGGAACUGGCACUAUGAAAAGGUGAACCCCCGCCCAGGGCCAGCCGAUCCCAGCCAGGCCCCCCUGCCCAGGGCCCCCUCUGUGUCUGCACGUCACCUGGGCCUGGGCGCCCCAUCGAAGCCUCCUCGCCCCCCCUCGGCCCCACCUGUGCCCCUGCAGCAUGGCCAACUACUACGAAGUGCUGGGGGUCCAGUCCAACGCCUCCCAGGAGGACAUCAAGAAGGCCUACCGCAAACUGGCCCUGCGCUGGCACCCCGACAAGAACCCCGACAACAAGGAGGAGGCGGAGAAGAAGUUCAAGCAGGUGUCCGAGGCCUAUGAGGUCCUGUCUGACUCCAAGAAGCGCUCCAUGUAUGACCGGGCGGGCUCCGGGGCCUGGCGGGCCGGCGGGGGGGCCAGCACCCCCUACAGCAGCCCCUUCGACUCUGGCUACACCUUCCGCAACCCCGAGGACAUCUUCCGCGAGUUUUUUGGGGGGCUGGAUCCCUUCUCCUUUGACUUCUGGGAAAACCCAUUCAGCGCUGGGGGCCGGGGCCACGUGCGGGGGCCCUUCUCGGGCUUUGGGGAGUUCCCCGCCUUCAUGGAGGCCUUCUCGUCGUUCGAUGCGCUGGGCCGCGGAGGCACCGCCAGCCGCGCCACCUUCUCCUCCACCUCCUUCGGGGGCUCGGGCUCCGGCAGCUCGGGCUUCAAGUCGGUGAUGUCGUCCACCGAGAUGGUCAACGGGCACAAGGUGACCACCAAGCGCAUCGUGGAGAACGGGCAGGAGCGUGUAGAGGUGGAGGAGGACGGGCAGCUCGAGUCAGUGACCAUCAACGGCAAAGAGCAGCUCAAGCGGGUGGACAAAAAGUGAGCUGCCCGCCCACCGAGGCUUAAUAAACAUGUCCAGUGAGUUCACA